AUGACGUGCUUCCAACUUCCAGUUUCACUUUGCAAACGUAUCCAGUCUGCGGUUACUCGCUUCUGGUGGGAUGACAGAUCGGGUAAAAAGAAAAUGGCCUGGAUAGCUUGGUCUGAAUUAACUAAACCAAAGGCCUUCGGAGGUUUGGGCUUUCGUGAUUUCCAGAGAUUUAACGAAGCGUCGUUUGCAAAGCUUAGCUGGAGAAUGCUUGAAAACCCAAACUCUCUGUUAUUCCGAACGCUGAGAGGAAAGUACUACCCAGAUGGAGACAUUCUCACCUGUGAUUUUAGUUCUGCGGGAUCUCAUGGAUGGAGGAGCGUCCUGGUGGGCCAUGAUUUACUUGUCAAGAACUUGGGGUGGAACGUAGGUAACGGCAAAGACAUCAACAUCUGGUAUGAUCCUUGUCUGGAUCACACGAGCCAAAAGCGCCCAUAUGGGCCUGCGCCAGAAGCUUUUGUCAACCUUACAGUGGCAGACCUGAGAUUAAGUUUGGAAGAAGAAUGGGACGUCAAAAAGAUAAGACUCAUCUUACCGCAGCAUGAGGAGGAUAUCCUGUGUUUAAAGCCAAGCAUAUCAAAUGCUUCUGAUAAACUAGUCUGGCUGGGAACCAAAUCAGGAAGCUACUCGAUUAAAUCUGGGUACUACUUCGCGACAUCACUGGAAGAAGAUAACGUGGAACUUAGACCUGAGCCUAACCGAUGGUAUAAAAAUGUUUAG